UACAAGAAGACAUACAAAAAAAAAUAGAAAGAACCAAUACGAAAAGAAAAAUUUCAGUAAAAACAUUUUAAGAGACAAUUUACAAAAAAAAAAACAAAGUGCAAUAAAUCUACAUAAAAUGUAGAUUAUUUAAAACGCACUUCUAAAGGCCAUACAAAACAAAAAGAACAUAAUUAUUUUCUGCUUAUUCAUGUGAGAAACGAAAAACAAUUACUAUCCUCGAAUAUCUACUUAAUUAGCAGUCAGUUGAUUUUUAAGAAGAUAGCUAAAGAUUCAGUUGACAUAAGGUGCAAAAAUUAGUUCAAGUAAUAGAACAGAAAAAAAAGGUUUUUUGUAUACCUAUAAUUUCUAUAAUAAAUUUGGAAGACAUGGCCUCGACAAUGCAAUUGGAAUUUUCCCAAGCCAUGUCGGAUUUUAAAACCAUGUUUCCCGAUAUGGAUCGAGAUGUUAUAGAGGCCGUUUUAAGGGCCAAUCAAGGGGCAGUGGAUGCCACCAUUGAUCAACUGUUGCAAAUGUCCACAGAUAAUCAGAAUGAAAAACUACGCAAUGAAUUGGAUGGCAAUGUCUCACCCCAAAAGAGUCUGAUUAAUUUGAGCGACAACUUGGUAACAGAAAUAAAAGCCAAACAACAGCCUGCUACUGCUCAGCUUAUUGAUGUGUCCGAUGAACUGGAUGGUGUUAAAGCAGCAGCAAAAAGUGGAGAAAAAUCUGUGCCCAUGGCUUCGGUGCUGCUAAAUCUCAACACAAGUUCUCCCAAUCACAGUACCGGAGCUUCUCCUAAAGUCAGACCACCUCAACUACAAAAUAAAACAGCUACACCCAGCUCUAGCACCCCCAAACGAAAUGCACGCUUACAUCAUAACACAAACAAACGUUGGAAUCCACCCAUGCUGCUACCCUUACCCGCGGGAUUUCUACGUCUAAAUCCUGUUAAUACCGGCAGCAAUACCAUUGCUUUGCCCUAUGAUCCGAAUCGAGAUUUUGAUUUGCCCGACGAACAGUUCGCCAUGAUGCUGCAGAACGAAGAGUUUAUGAAUCAAUUGCGCUGGAACCAGGAGUUCAUGAAUGCUUUGGAGAAGGAGCAAACGGGCAAGGGUAAAAGUGGCGAGGGUGAUGCCGACUUUAAGGAACGUCUCAAACAUAUGGGCAAGGUAUCACGCAAAAAAUUCUUACAAAUGGCCCGAGUAUUCACCUGGCAGCGUAACAAAAAGACCACAACAGCUAAACAAAUCGAUUCUUUGCCUCUUAAAGAAGAACCCAGUGAUGACGAGGACCAUCAUCAUCCACAUACUAAAAGCGCUAAUACGGAACAAUCGCAUACACAAAGUCAGCAACGCAAGUAAGUUUUAGUAAAAUUCAUAGUACUCGUAGUUGUAAAAGUAAUAUUAUAUAUAUACACCCAAGAAAAUAACAAAAAUCUCAUAAUUAUUAUUCAACGAAAAACAAAAAUCUCCCCCUAAUGCAAAAAUAAUAAAAAAUUAGAUAAAAUAUGAAUUUUACCAAAUAAGAAUGUAGAUUUUAACUAAAUUAUAUUAACCUUAUCUUUUUUGGGUUUAUCUCUUUUUAUCUUAUAUUUGUUUAAAGUUAUUAGAGCAUU